UCUUUCAGAGUGUUAUGUUUGUCGCCCCGAGAGGCGACAUGCAGGGGCGACAUGCGACUUUUGGCGCGUUCUGGAUCCACGAACUCCCUUCACCACUUGUUGUCGAGAUAGUGAAACCGCAGCCAAUCAAGUGUGCGUAGGCGGUGCGACGAUGCCUGAGCCCUGAGGGCGGCCGCGUUCAACCAACGAGCGAGCGAGCUCCAUGCCAUCGUAGUUGGACCCGUGGUGGACUGCACCGAUUUCUGGGCCAAGAAAGAAUCAGUCGCCUCAGUUCUAUUUCACGAUCGUAGAAGGGUGCACGUGACUUCAAGCAGUUCGUUCGGAAGAUUUCCGCGUUGCCUCGCACUGACAUUCGACAAUUGAGGAAGUGAUAAAAACUGUCGGUCCUGUGCGGAAAUGUUCCAGGAUCUGAGUAACAUUUCUCUGAUGCCCCUGGAAUUGAAACUGCAACUGUCGCCACUCUUGAUGCAGCACUCGUCACCGAUCGCUCUACAGCGUAACUUAGAUGAGAGGAUGAAUUCAAGAGAGAGCGAAUGGCUCUUUCAACCCCCAUUGUUGUCCGGUGUCAAUGCGGAACUGGUUAAUGUAAAUCUUUGGCAGCAAUUUCAUCAGCACCAAACCGAGAUGAUAAUUACGAAGUCGGGCCGACGCAUGUUCCCGUCCGUUCAAUUAAGCGUAAGCGGUUUGCAAAAGCGUGAGACUUAUUAUGUUCUCCUGGAGGUAGCACUGGCAUCGAAUCAACGGCACAAGUACUGCGGAUACGAGAACGAGAACAGGAACAGCAAUAUGGGUGGUUGGAGCUUGGCGGGACCGGCGGAUCCACAGCACAACUUUGACCGUCGGAUAUAUAUGCAUCCCGAUAGUCCCGCGAUAGGCGAUCAUUGGAUGGACAAUCCGAUCCACUUCAACAGAUUAAAGCUCACGAACAACGUCAACGACAAGAGUAAUAACGUGAUAUUAGCAUCGAUGCACAAGUACGUUCCUAAAAUCUGGAUAAUCCGUUGCAGCAACGCGACGAACCUCAAUGAGCUUUUCUCUAAUCCUGCCGCGUCGUUUAUUUUCAAGGAAACGGAAUUUAUCGCGGUAACAGCAUAUCAAAACGAGAACAUCACGAAGUUGAAGAUCGACCACAAUCCAUUCGCGAAGGGUUUCCGCGAGACGGGACAGUCGCGGUUCAAACGCAAGUAUCAACAGACCGAUCAGCAUGCUCAAGGGGGUUCCAGCCGCGAGACGAGCGACGAGGGGGGCAGCCCCUCCGGAUCGUUCUCCGACUCCGAAUCGACCCCGGCCUCGAGCGGACGGGGCAGCGUGAGCAGCGCGGAGAACUCGACGCAGGAGUCGGCGAAGAGACUCGCGGUCGAAAGGAAUAACACGGACAGCAACGCCAGGUCAAUCGUCCCGGACUCGCCGGUAUCGCACGUCGUGAAUCGACUGUCGAAUGCCGGAUCGCCGUUGAAUACCGAGAACGAUCACAACGAGGCGCUCCUCCACAGACCCUGGGUGGACCGACCGUCGCAUAGGCAAGUGGUACCGCUGUCACCUUACAAUCGGCCGCCUUCUCUGUAUUACCAUUCCCUGCAUUACGGUAAUACGUUGCCAUAUAUGUGUACGGACAAUAUACAAAGCUAUAUGAGAUUUAACGAUUACGCGUUCAGUAAUUAUAACCAUUCCAUGUGGAAUGCUGUCAGGGAGCACUUCAAUGCUUUUCGGUACUAUCCUUUAUUCAGGUGUAAUGAAUAAUAAAGCUAGAACGAACGCAACAGUGUUGACAGCUUGCUCCCCUGUACGCACCUAUGGUGGCUGUGACACAUGCGAACGCUGUUUUUUAUUUUUAACUCGCGACUUCGUUGCAAUAAAUGUUUCGUGGUAUGGAGAAUAAUACGUGCGAGUAAUCGACUGAAGACUGAGGAUUUUAAAAUUAUCAUCUUAUAAAUGAUAAAGGAUAAAUAAUAUCAAAGUUAUAUAUAUACAUAUUUGCGUAUUUUUAUAUUUAUUAUUUUCAUAAUUACUUACGCGCGUAAUCUUAUUCUUCAUUCGUGUGUUAUGUACAUACAUAUAUAUAUAUAUGCACAUCAUAUAUAAACGUUUUAUGAAUUUUUAGCUUAAAAUUAACAUUU